AUGGCACAGACUUCAGCUUCCGACGCAACGUUACAGCAAUUCCAGUUGCUCCAGGAGACGCAAACACAAAUUGAGAUUCUAAACACGCAGAUUGGUAAAAUCAAUCAGCGUAUCGCAAGUCUCCAGCUAAUUCAAAAACGCUCCGAAGCGGCACUGGAAGCGCUCGACAACACCCGAUCGGGCCAGAGGGUUUAUAAGCAAGUCUCACGCGUGCUAAUAUUGCGGGAUCAAUCUGACCUGCGAACCGAAAUCGAGAAGGAACGGGACGUGGCUGCAGAGAACCUGCCCAAGUUAAUCACGGUGAGAGCCCAGCUAGUGGCAAAAUUAGGAGGGUUAAACGCACAAUUUGUGGAUAUUAACGCACAACUGCGACGGAACUUGUUCCAGCAGAGCUCCUAA